AUGCACUACAAUCCAGAUGAAGUGAGCAAGAACAUAGACUAUGCUUCAGGCAAACACAUAAUAAAGUUUUUGCGCUUUUGGUACCAAGUCACUCCUGGUAUUCGGGAUUUUGAAUAUUUUGAAGUUUUGCAGACCAAACCGACAGCUACCCGUCCCAAGAAGAUGAAGAUGUUUCUGAUGUGCCUUGCUGCUCUGACAGUCUUUGCACUGGCGACUGCUGAUUAUGAUGAUAAUGAUGAGUAUGUAGAAGGGGUUGAUAGUUAUACAAUCGAAAUUUUUAACAACUUCGCGGGAAAUGAUAAGCUACUUUCAAAAACCGAACUGAAAAAACUUCUGAAGAAAUUUGGUGUCACUGACAAAAAAGAAAUUGAAAAAUCCGUGAAGAGCGAAUUCGCGAAAGAUUUUAACAAAGACGGAUUCCUUAAUUAUGAAGAAUUCACGGCUGAUGAAGAUUAA